ACAUGUGAGUUCCAAAUGCACGGACAUUGCCACGUGGGCGUAUUAUGCUUUACUUACGGCUCUCCACACACAAUUCAGACAAACGAAGAGGAUCGCUUGUCGCUGAAGAAGAAGAAGAUGAUGAUCGGAGGAACCCUAACCUCUUCUUCUUCGACCUCCACCGCCAAGAUCAUUCUCGAAGCUUUCCCCGCGGAGAUAUUCCGUCGCGGUGGAGCUACCGCUGAGAUGUUCCCAAGGAAAACGUCUCACCUCAAGCUUUUGCGUGUAGAUUCUCUUCACGGCAGGAUCCUUAAGCCGAUUCCGCUUCGUUCAUCCUCGAUUAAGGCAAAUAUAGAAGAAGAAGAUGCAGAAACUGAAGCUGUAGAGAAAUCCCCGGGAAGAAGUGUGCGUGUAAGGUUCCAGCUGCGGAAAGAGUGUGUCUUUGGGGAACAUUUCUUCAUCCUUGGUGACCAUCCUGUCUUUGGCGGCGGUCUUUGGGAUCCUGAAAAUGCCUUACCUCUGAACUGGUCAGAUGGCCAUGUUUGGACACUAGAUCUGGAGCUGCCUGUUGGAAGAUUGGUUGAAUUCAAGUUCAUACUCAAGGCAAAGACAGGGGAGAUCUUGUGGCAACCAGGUCCAAACCGUGCUAUUGAUACCUGGGAAACUAGCAAGACUAUCAGAAUAUGUGAGGACUGGGAAAAUGCUGAUCUCCAAAUGAUGAGGGAGGAAGAUUUUGUGCUAUUCGAUCAAGAGGAGGAGCAGUCUUCUUUUGUCUUGGAUAUGCCCUUAGUUGCUGAAAAUGUCACGCAUCCAAAUCAAAGCGUGACGCUUGUCACUGAUGCUUCAUCAAACGGUGCAGGAGAGGAGGUUGAAGUGCGUGCACCUGUACAACAGAUCACUUCAGUUGUAGCUGUAGAGAAUGAAGGAUACGUAAGUGAUGAUGAACCUGAGGAAAUCUCGAGUUUCAAUAUCCAAAAUGAAAAACCCAUGGAGCACUCGAGUGGAGCUCUGACUGCUUGCCAGGAUGGAAAUGUGACGGAAGAAGCCAUGUUUACUGAGGAAGAAAGUCCAGUUUUGGUACCCGGAUUGUUUCCUCCGUCUGAUUUGGACAGCGAAGAAGUAAGUGGACCCAUCGCGCAUGUGGCUGUGGAAGUUAUUAACGAAGGUAAAGCCGAAACGUUCCCAGAGGUAGAUGAGAAGCAAGAAACCAAAGGAGAAAGAAACGAGAGAGGGAAAGUAAAAGCGGUUUCUGUGUUCGAUAAAUCAGAGCAAGAAGCAGGGAAAGGUGUAGAGAAGAUGCAUUACAGUGCAGCAGAGGAAGAGAUACAGCUAGAGACAGAGGCGUUGCUUGGAACGCCGCAUGUGCUAUUAGAGAAAGACAUCCAAUGGGGACGCAGAAAGCUUUACAAGCUUCUAAGCAACUUUGGACUUUUAUAAAAAACACUCUGCUCAAGUUUUGGAGUGCGUUUACAUUUUAUUGGCAAAAGAGCAUCAAAGAAGAUGAUUCUCUCUUAGUUUCAGACAAGAUCAGUCAAAAAGUUAGGCUACCUUCUUCUCUGUUCAACUUUGCAUUUGUUUCUCUGAGAACUGAGAAUAGAUGGAAGCGUGUUCUGUGACUUGUCCUUGUAUAUAUGUAUUAUCAAACGGUUUUAGUGAAGUGACAGAUACUAAGAGAAUGGCGUGUUUAUGUUA